AUGAACAAAAUAUUCUUCAACGAUAAACCGCUGUGUCUGUCCAAGCUCGAUGAGAAUCGACUGUUAGUUUCAACAGCAGAUGGGAAAAUCUAUGCGAUUGAGCCGCCUUACACUAACAAGAAGUUAAUUUUUAGCGGCCUGUCACCAAUUUCGUGUGUUGAGUACGAGAACGGAAAAAUUUUCUUUGGCGACUGGAACGGAAAUGUGUGUAAGAUGAGCGUAGAUGUGAGGGAAUAUAGCACGGAUAAAAAAUAUCACGAAAAUAUGGGGAUUAGUUCAUCUACUGGUAUGAGGGUUGAUGCAAGUCUACCUACCAACAUGGAACUGGAAGAAAGUACAGGGAAAGAAACCGCAUUUCAACAUCAAGGGGAUGGAACUGAAACUGAUUACAGAGAAAUAAAACAGAUGAAGAGCAUUUGCCUGGGAAAUGCCAUAAUAAAGUGCAUGAAGAUUUUUAAUGGUGGUAUAUACGUGAGCAUAGACAGGAAUUUGAUCAUUAUGGAUUUUGAUUUGCAGAUCAGGACAAAAAUGAACAUGAACAACAAAAUACUGUGUCUUGCCAUAAUGAAUGAUCAACUAUACAUGGGCAUGUCUGUUCCAUCAAUUCAACGAUUCGAUAAUGGAACAAUUAAUGAAAUAGCAACGCACCACCAAUCAUCCAUUUUAUGUAUUUCUACGGACGAAAAUGGCGAUAUCAUGACAUCCUCGGCUGAUAAGACAUUGAUGGUAAAAAACAGAACUCUAUACACGGGCACAGAAUGGAUACGUGUAUGCUUAGGUUCGUAUUUUACGGAUGGGAAUUUGGUAAAAAAAAGAACAGGUAGCACAAUUACCACGCUGUUUGUGCAUGGUGGAUACGUUGUGGGUCUGCAGGAGAGCAAGGACCGAUUGUUCAGUAUAGGGUUAGACUGUUGUUUGGCCGUGGUAGAAAAGGAUGAAAGUAAGAAGAUGGAUGUGGCGUGUGAUUGGGAUGAGGAAGAAGAAAUUAGGAGAUUGAACGAAGAGUUCGGCUAAAAUGUUUUGCUGUAGAUUCUUUAUUUGGUAGAGCAUCUUACCGUUGAAGAAAACUCUGUUGGUUGCUUAGAUGCAUUCAAAUAGCUUUUGGUACCCGCCUGCACCGUAAUCAACAGAAUUAAGACUUUAAAUCUUACGUACACGGAACAAAUACAGCUGUACUGAAUUAAAACCUGUCAUUCUAAGAACAUGGGCA